AUGUAUUUUCUGGUUCCCAAUCCAAUCGGGUUGGCAAAGAUAUUGAAGAAAUAUGACAAGCGAACAGGUGGGUUAUUACGGUUGCCCUUCAUCCAAAAAGUGCUGAAGCAACCAUUUUUCACGACCGAUCUCGUUUCAAAUCUGGUUAAAGAAUGCGAAAACACCAUUGAUGAAGUAUUAUUCCCCAUUGAAGAAGAUAAAGAAGAAACAAAGGAACAAAAAGGAGCAAUAAUGGUAGCAACAGAGCCAGUGAAAGGGAUAUUUAGAAACACUGUUGCAGCACUAUUAACCAUGGAAGAAAUUAGAAGAGUGAGCUCUACUAAAGACCAUUUCUCUUUGCCUCCUCUUAACUUGUCCCACAGUCAUCUCAUUCACUCCUUCCAACUCAACUCACCAAUCCCCAUUCUUUGA